UCGUGUUAUAAAGUCUGCAGAGUCCCUCGGAACUGUUGGAGCCCUCGCCCUACCGGGCUCGGGCACCAACCGUUCCUCGGGACUCUGCAGACGUUAUAUAACACGGAAAAACGUGCGUUAACCCUAUAAUGAUGUCAGAUAUGUUGGCAUACAUAGGUUUUAUUCUAAGUUAUUUUGUAUCAUUUUCUAUUGUUUGUUUGUUUGAUUGAUUUAUGUUUUAUGAUUCACCGACACAGUAUAUGUCAUAUGGCGACUUUCCAGUUUAACUGGUGGAGGAAGCAUCUCUCAUGAAAGGUCCUUUUCGAGAUUUGAACCCACAGCGGGGAGUGGCAAGUGGUAAGAAGUCAAAGAUCUUAACCACUCAGCCACGGACCUGAGUAAAAUCACCAACGUUCCGUAAGUCAGCUGGAUAGAUUACUAACAUGAAAGAAUCCGAAGACCUUUACGGGAUUUGAACCAACAACGGGGAGGGGCAAGUGGUUAGAAAUCAACGACCUUAACCAUUCGGCCACGGACGCAUUUUCUAUAAGCUCGAAGGGUUAAAAUAAUGUACAUGUCGCCCAUUCUCAAUAAAAUAAAGCAUUUGAGGUUGAAAAAUAUUAAAAAUUUGAUGUUGUCAUUGUGUCAUUUUUUAUCACUGAAGUAAAAGUUUAGGGUAUUUUGCAAGUUUGCCAGAAAUAUUUUGAACAAGAAACUAUGAUAUAACAGGAUGGCAUUUAUUUCGGUAAUAACACUGUAUUUCUUCGGUAACGUAGAUUUCAGAUCUAAUAAUGUAACAAUAUUGGCUGCAUAUUAAUAACAAAUGUCUGUAAAAUAUAUCCAAAUCUGUAAAUUCUCUAUCUAGAGGGACUUUCUAACCCAGGAAAAUUUAAAGAAGUUGGGUACCUUGCUAAUUUUCAGUCAAUUUCUUCAAAGUUAAAUAUUCGUAGAAAGCAAAAAUAGUCAAUUUUGGAAAUGAUUAUUUUAUGUCUUCAUUCAAAGGAUAUAUAUCAUAUAUAAUAUAUGAGAGGUCAAAUGCAUACCGUGACGGUGACACAUUUUGUAUUAGCAUUUUUUUUUCAAAACAUUCAACUUUCCACUUUCUUAAUAUUUGGAAAAUUUAGUACUAAAUUAGCAGUUCGAUAUUUAUCCCCAUACAGGAUGUCACGUAUGUUUCAUUUUAUUCAAAUGCAAGUAAAGGUUGAGAAAACAAUUUUAGUUUUUGUAAAAUAAUUUAUAUUUAUGGAUAUUAUUUUAACAUUAUUAUAUAUAGAAUGAAAUACGGCCAGUAAGCUCUUUUCAGAAACGAAUUAGUUGUUGCUGAGAACAUCAAUAUCUUGUAAUAUAUUUUCAACAUUUCUGCUGGUACAUCAACAUAUUAUUAACAUAUCUUUCCUUUGUAAAAACAAUUUUGUGUCUUCUUACAUCUAAUACAAGGUAACCGUUACUAACAGGCAUGCUAAUCCCAACUUUAUCUUUAAUUUUCAAAAAUUGUUGAAUUGUAAGUUGGAGUAACGUAUGUUUCACACUCGCUUAUUUAUGAACUUUAUCACGGAAUUUAAACUUACAUGUAAAAUCGACUUUUUUUAUUUAGGAAUCAAAUGCACAUCAUUCUAUUGUCAUAAAAAUGCGAUUUUAUGUUUUUAUAUAUGCAUGUGUAAACAAUAUAAAGUCUGUUUGAUAAAUUAGUAACGUUUGUUUCACUGUGGUUACUUAAACAAGUAAAAACUCGACCAAAGUUAACAAAAUUUACUUACUAAUGUCAAAUAGAAGUUAAUGUUGCUGUUAUACGUGCUUUCUGACUUCAAAUUUCCUUUUGAUAAACUUACAUUAAAAAGUUGAUAACGUAUGUUUCUGUAACGUAUGUUUCAUUUUUACAUUGAAAGUGGGUUAAAAAAUGACGCAAGACCAUUUAAGCCGCCAUAAUUUGUGGUUAAUAUAUCAAAGUUACACACAUGUUAAUUUUCUUUCUUGUUUGGAAUCUUCUUUGAAUGGAUUGGCUCUUAAAUAAUGGUAACGUAUGUUUCUUUUUAAAGUGCUGUUGAAAAGAUUUGAAUAAAAAAUGAAAAUUUCCGAAAAUAGAAUGAUAUUUGAGAGGCUGCAAGGUUAUUUUUACUUAUAAUUAUAUAUAUGCUGUAUUAUUAAGCAUGCAUCGAUUCAAUUAUGUAAUUUGGGUUUCACUUCUUAUUGUUUUAGGUUUGUCACUAUUUAUUUAUAUGCAUUUGGCGACAUUUGAUCAUCCAUUAUACCAAUGAGAUUUUAACAGUCAAAUAUAAUUUUUACCAAUAAUCAAAGUUCAUAUACACACAGCAAUGACUAAUUGCACAUGUUUCGUUUAUUCUGGAACUUAUUUUUCUGAAACACAAUUUCAAAGUUGAAAAUUCUAGGUGGUGACAGUAACGUAUGUUACAUUUUAGGGCAUUAAUGGUACUUGUAAAAGAAAAAUAACAGAUAGAAAUGUAAAACUGAGAGUGUCUAACGACAUUUUGACCUCAAGAAAAACCUUCGUAUAAGAGCUACCCAGUGGAACAUCAAAUGCUGUGUUUUAUUGAGAAUGAGCGAUGUAUGAGAUAAGCUUCGCCACACUGUGAGACAAUAUCAAAUAGGCAAAGUCUUCAUAUUUCACAAAGUGAUUGGUCAUAAUUAGUAGAUGACCCCUAUUGAUUUUAGGGUCACUAGGUCAGAGGUCAAGGUAACAGGGUUUUUGAAUAAAACUGUUUUGAUCAUCAUGUUUCUGGGCAGUAAGUUCGUUUAUGUCGGUUCUGGUGAAGAAGAAGAAGCUAUUGUCACGGGGAACAUAUCUUCGGACGAGGAUGAAGAUGAAGAUGAUGGCAAGACAUGCCUACUAGACAUUCUAGACACAGCUGGCCAGGAGGAGUAUUCAUCAACGCGUGAACAUUACACACUUACUGGCGACUGCUUUCUUAUUAUUUACAGUGUGACUGAUAGAAACACGUUCACAGAGGCGGAGUCACUUCAUCAGUUCUUAAUUAAUGUCCGAGAUUGGGAGAAAACAAGAGACCUGCCCAUUAUUUUGGUUGGGAAUAAAUCUGAUUUAACGGAAGAAAGACAAGUACAAACUUAUGAAGGAGAUGAACUUGCCUUAAAACUUGGAAUAUUGUUUAUUGAAACGUCUGCAAAAACUGGUGAAAAUGUUGAGUUAUUGUUUGAAAAUCUGAUUCGCCGUACGCCUCGGACUGGCAUGAAGUACAAGGUUGUGGUAUUAGGGUCAGGCGCUGUUGGUAAAUCUAGUAUUACAAUUCGUUUUGUAAGUGGCACAUUUGUUGAUUCUUAUGACCCUACCAUAGAAGACACUUACAGGAAACAUUUUAUAGUGGAGAGUAUUCCUGUAGAGAUGAGAAGGGUUUCUGAUCUGGGACAUUACAGUAACAAAGAAACAGGAAAAACAGAAAACGCAGCCAUGGAAGAACAAAACGAUUUAUUGUCAAGUAUGGAGAGACUUAUUACUCAAAAGCUUGAAGAUUUUGAACAGUCUCAGAGGGCUUUUACUCAAGAGCAGAUAACGAGACUACAACACAGUGUACAGAGACAAGAUACUUUCACGUUUCGUAAGAAAGGCAACGAGGAACAACAUAAAGUAAACGCACGUGUUCUCGACAAAAUGAAGGAAGCAGACUUGCAUCUUCAAGAGGCCGCCAGAUCUCAUCAAAGUGAGUCCAUGUCGUCUGCUAUGGAAAAAGUCUCUCGAGGUAUUGACAUUUUAAAUCACCGCCAGAAGUUAAUACGUCUUGCUGAUUCAAGUGACGCUGGUUGGCGUGUAGCAAUGGAAUAUGAGGCCCAUCCUCUGGCCGAAAACGAAGAUGACGAGAAAAAGAUUUACAGGUCCCAGAGAGACGCUGAGCGUAAGCUCAGACAGGAGAGGAAAGCGAGAAAUACCCGUUAUUCUCCGUUUUCACGUUACGGGCGUUAUUUCCAAGGACAAACGUUAACACCUGAAAAUAAGGAUAUUGCUGGCUCAUCGACCACGUGGAACCAGACGAACAAGAUAAAUGCCAUUGGAUUCCAUGUCAAAGAGGCCGGAAGUGCCAAAGUGAAAAAUAUUGAAAAUGUCAUAUUUUGUGACGCCAGUGGAGCUGGCUUUGCAGGUUUUAUUGCAGGCGAUGAAACUAGUCAUGUGAUAGGUUGCCUGAAUUUGAGGAGGUGUAUAGAUGCAGAAGUACAUGAAAGUGGGUUGCGUCAUGGAAGUUUCAAUGAACUGUCGUCUAAGAUGUCUUUACUGUUGGUUAAGUCGAAGAGUGACAGCACAGUAUCAAAGUAUUAUUCGUAUUUUAAAAAGUGGGAGGAUUUUAUUACUUCUAAGGGCGGGGUAGCAAUACCCGCUGAGCCAAUUCAUGUUGCCCUGUAUCUUACAGAAUUAAUUGACAAACAAUCAUCCAGUUCUAUUUUUUCAAAUGUUGUUUAUAGUUUAAAGUGGGCUCAUUCUUUGAGAAAUUUACACGAUCCUACUGAUAAUUUGUUUGUGAAAAAUUUGCUUGAAGCUUCAAAAAGAUUGUUGACAAAACCUAAGACAAGGAAGGAUAUUGUGACAACAGACAAUUUAAUAAUGUUGUGUGAUAAAUACAUUCAAAGUGACGAUAUUCUUGUGUUACGUGAUUUAGCUAUGAUUCUAAUAGCGUUUGCAAGUUUUUUAAGGUUUGAUGAAUUAAGUAGCCUUAGGUGUAAUGAUGUUAUUUUUCAUGAUUCACAUAUUUCUAUUCGUAUAAGAAAAAGUAAAACUGACCAAUAUCGCCAUGGAGACCGUAUUAUUAUUUCUAAAGGCGAGUCUGUAGCUUGUCCAUAUACAAUGUUACAACGUUAUAUGCGUGUUGCAGGUUUAUCUGUUACAGAUGAUACAUUUUUAUUUAAGCCAUGUUACCGGUCAAAAAACAUUUGUAGACUUAUUUUCAAAGAUAAGCCACUUAGUUAUACGCGAGCUAGAGAAUGUCUUAUUUUGCGUUUAAAAGAAGUUGUUCAAGAUUUAAACAUAGGUAUUCAUUCACUUCGAGCGGGUGGUGCUACUGCAGCCGCAAACGCUGGCGGAAUCCUGCUAUCUUUUUCGUACGGGAGAAGUCGUCACCAUGCAAAACAUUUACUUAACACUAGAUCUAAAGAGAAAAGAAGUAAACUGUUGUGUGGCCUAGAUCGUAUAUUUGGUAGGAAGAAGAGAAACAACGUACCUUGUCAGUCCUAUAAUCUUGACAGUGAUUGCGAAGAUAAUGAGUUUGAUGACAUUCAUGAUGAAGAAGAAAACGAGGAUGAAUUGGUGAAGGAGGAAAAAGUACAAAAAGCAGACGGCAAUGUGAUGUUACUGAAACUUGAUAUUCUGGAAGAUGAUCCAAAUAUUAUAACAGGUGAUCCCACUCAGUGUGAGGGUUGUGAUGCAAUUCUUUCUUCUACAUCUACCCUAGAAAAUGAGGAUGGCAAAGAACAGUCCACUUGGGUUUGUGAAUUUUGUGAGCACAAAAACACAGGGUUGAAUGUAAGCCAGGAGGAGAUUCCUAAAGGGGACAGCUUUGACUUUGUGCUGAUCCCAGCAGAAGAGUCCAUAGAGAAUGAAGAGAAAGAGGAGAAUGCUCCCAAAACAGAAGAUGAAGAUAAAGGAAUCACUGUAUAUUGUAUGGAUAUAAGUGGAUCUAUGUCGAGGUCAUUAGUACUGCCAGGUAUACAAGCACAAUGGAGGAAUGCUAGGGAUAGAAUGAUUCACGAUGAUAACUUUACUACAAGGCUAACAGCCAUUAAAAAUGCUGCUAGGAGGCAAUUGGAAAGAAUGAAGUUGGAGUAUCCCAAGAAGCAAGUUGCACUUGUCACUUUUGCUUCCACUGUUUAUCUCUGGGGUGAUUGUGGGAAACGUACACCAACAAAAUUCACUGGAAAGAUCCUGAAUGAUUACAAAGGUCUGAUUGCAGCAGGCAAUAAAUAUGGUUCCAAAAUGAAGAUAGGGAAGCUUGAAAAUACAUAUGAAAACUUAGACAGAAAAAUAGAAGACUUAGAAACAGUAGGUUCUACUGCUCUUGGUCCAGCCUUGGCUAUAUGUGCAGGAAUCAUUUCUGGUACUCCUCUUUCUGAGGUUGUGUUGUGUACAGAUGGGGAACCAAACACCGGAGUUGGUGACCUUGACAGUGAGCCUGCAACAAGGGACUUUUAUCCCAAGAUUGGAGAAUAUGCCAAGAAAAAUAACACCAGAUUGUCUAUUCUUGCUGUGAAAGGAGAAGAAACAGGCCUCGACACUGUGAAAGAAAGCGCUGUGGUUUCCAUGGGAACAAUUAAUGUCCUUAAUCCAUUAGAAAUGAUGAGGCAACUCCGCCUGAUUGCCCAGAAUUAUACCAUAGCAACAGCUGUUGAUGUGAAAGUCAUUCUACAUAAAGACUUUGUGUUUGAUGAACCAGGAUAUGCUAAGAUGAUAAGUAAAAUUGUGAAAGAGGUUGGUAAUGCUGCCAAGGAGAAGGAUUUGACCUUCAGAUACACGGUCAAAGAUGUAAAGAAUAUAGCUAUACAGCAGUCUGUUCCAUUCCAGGUACAGAUAAGUUAUACAUUGAAGACUGGGAUGAGAUGUUUAAGAGUUUUAAGUAAAUCUCAUGAGGUAACGCAAGACAGGAAACAAAUGGAAGAGGGAAUAAAUGUCGCAGUGUUAGGUGUAGCCACAAUUCAGAAAACUGCUUUAAUAGCAAAUCAAGGGAAUCCAAGAGCGGCACAAGGAUAUGUGCGUUGUGUACAAAAGAUGAUGAAAAGAGGAGCCAAAGGGAGCGCACAAUUAGAAGAACACCUUGCUUUCAAAAAUGAUUCAGAGGACUUAAGAAGAGAACUAAGAGAAGCCAUUGUGCAAGAUGAUGUAAAUAGAAGAACAGAUUUCAGAUGUAAUCUGUAUACAAAGAAUAUGAAUUUGUGUAGUAACCAGAUGUACAGUGCUAAUCUCCCCAACAGGGGCUUACGCAAAUGCUUUAAAAAAAAGGAGCUGAUGGGGGUGAUGAUAAAAAUCGUCAGUUUUUACGAAACGUUUUAA